AUGGAUAUUGACCCUCACAUUCAUUUACUUCCCCUCAGAAACUUUACUUAUUUUUCUUUUUUCUCUGAGAUGUACCACACACAUCGAGUUGUUGCCACUGCUAUCGAGACCUUGGUUAUCACCUCUGUGUUUCUAGUCUCUGUGAUAGCAAAUACAGGAGCCGCGGCCCUGGUAACCUGGGAACGCAGGCUCCUGGCGAAUAAGACCAUCCUGACCCUCAACUUGUUUGUGGCUGACCUGCUGUUUGUCAGUAUGAUCCCUCUGAUCGUGGCUGUGCGCUGGACUGUCUCCUGGACUCUGGGGUACAGUGCCUGCCACACUGUGCUGUAUGUGAUGUGUGUGAGUGGCUGUGUCACCAUCGUCACUCUGGCAUCCAUCAGCGUGGAGAGGCUCCAGGCCAUCCUCCGGCUGCAGACCAUACCUGCUCUAAACCCCAGGAUGGUGACCACCACGCUGGCUUUUAUCUGGGCCUUUUCUGCACUCACCGCCAUACCUCUGAGUCUGUUCUUCACUGUGAUGGAAGUGGAUUUCCCUGAGGAGGAUCGUGUACACAUCUGUACUCUCAAGUGGCCUGACUCGACAGCAGAAAUUGCGUGGAACGUUGCCUUUACUGCCCUGUGCUUCCUCCUGCCAGGAAUCAUCAUCAUGUGCAGUUACAGCAAAAUUUUACAGAUUGCUAAGCGUACUCGGCGGAGGCUCCAGUCCAGAGGCAGUCAGCCCACAGUCAUAGACUCUCCAGAAUACCAGAUCUCCCGCCAAGACAUCAAGCUCUUCCGGACUCUGCUGGUCCUGGUGCUCUCCUUCUUGGUCAUGUGGAGCCCCAUUUUCAUCCUCACCUUUUUGAUCUUGGCUAGGAACUUCUCUGGUCAUCUUUACGUCACUUCUACCAUGUUCUUCUGGGUGGUGACAUUCACAAUGGCCAACUCAGCCCUGAACCCCAUCCUCUACUCAGUCUUCCAGUUUAAACACGACUGGAGGAAGUUGUGUUGUGGUUCUGUAGUUGUGCCACUGAGGAAACGAGCUGGAGCUCAGUCCCAGAGAGUGCAAACAUAGUAUCAGCAGAUGACAGUGGAAACAGUCAGUUAUCAAUAGCUUUAGUAAAGCUUUCUUAUUGUCAC